CUGGUCACCAUGUGGGGGCUUUUGAUCUGGACACUGCUAGCUCUGCAUCAGAUCCGCGCGGCCAGAGCCCAAGAUGAUGUGUCCCCGUAUUUCAAGACAGAGCCUGUGCGGACACAGGUGCACCUGGAAGGAAACCGCCUGGUGCUUACAUGCAUGGCCGAGGGCAGCUGGCCGCUGGAGUUCAAGUGGCUCCACAACAACAGGGAGCUGACCAAGUUCUCCCUGGAAUACAGAUACAUGAUCACCAGCCUGGACCGCACCCACGCUGGCUUCUACCGUUGCAUCGUGCGGAACCGAAUGGGGGCCCUGCUGCAGCGGCAAACCGAGGUCCAGGUAGCCUACAUGGGGAGCUUUGAGGAGGGUGAGAAGCACCAGACCGUCUCCCACGGAGAAGCAGCUGUCAUCCGUGCCCCGCGCAUCGCCAGCUUCCCCCAGCCACAGGUGACCUGGUUCCGGGACGGCCGCAAGAUCCCGCCCAGCAGCCGCAUAGCCAUCACGCUGGAGAACACCCUUGUCAUCCUGUCAACGGUGGCCCCUGACGCAGGUCGCUACUAUGUGCAGGCUGUUAACGACAAGAACGGGGAUAACAAGACCAGCCAGCCCAUCACGCUCACUGUGGAGAAUGUAGGGGGGCCUGCAGACCCCAUCGCACCCACCAUCAUCAUCCCACCUAAAAACACCAGCGUGGUGGCCGGGACCUCAGAGGUUACCUUGGAGUGUGUGGCCAAUGCCAGGCCCCUGAUCAAGCUACAUAUCAUUUGGAAGAAGGACGGGGUAUUGCUGUCGGGCGGCAUCAGUGACCACAACCGCCGGCUCACCAUCCCCAACCCCACCGGCAGUGACGCCGGCUACUACGAGUGUGAGGCUGUCCUGCGCAGCAGCAGCGUCCCCUCUGUCGUCCGGGGCGCCUACCUCUCAGUGCUGGAACCGCCUCAGUUUGUCAAGGAGCCAGAAAGACACAUCACUGCGGAGAUGGAGAAGGUGGUGGACAUCCCCUGUCGGGCCAAAGGUGUGCCGCCGCCCUCCAUCACCUGGUACAAGGACGCAGCCGUGGUGGAGGUGGAGAAGUUGACGCGCUUCCGGCAGCGCAGCGACGGGGGCCUGCAGGUCAGCGGCCUGGUGCCCGAUGAUACCGGCAUGUUCCAGUGCUUCGCCCGCAAUGCAGCCGGCGAGGUGCAAACUUCCACCUACCUGGCUGUCACCAGCAUUGCCCCUAACAUCACCAGAGGCCCCCUGGACAGCACGGUGAUCGACGGCAUGUCAGUGGUGCUAGCAUGUGAGACCUCGGGGGCGCCCCGACCAGCUAUCACUUGGCAGAAAGGGGAGCGCAUCUUGGCCAGUGGCUCCGUGCAGCUGCCUCGCUUCACACCCCUGGAGUCGGGCAGCCUCCUCAUCAGCCCCACACACAUCUCCGAUGCGGGGACCUACACCUGCCUGGCCACCAACUCUCGGGGGGUCGAUGAGGCCUCAGCAGACCUAGUCGUUUGGGCUCGGACCCGCAUCACCAAGCCCCCCCAGGAUCAGAGUGUCAUCAAGGGCACCCAGGCCUCCAUGGUGUGCGGAGUGACCCACGACCCCCGAGUGACCAUCAGGUACAUCUGGGAGAAGGACGGGGCCACCCUGGGCACGGAGAGCCAUCCUCGUAUCCGCCUGGACAGAAAUGGCUCCCUGCACAUCUCACAGACGUGGUCGGGAGACAUCGGCACGUACACCUGCCGGGUGAUCUCAGCAGGAGGCAACGACUCUCGCAGUGCCCACCUGCGAGUCAGGCAACUGCCCCACGCGCCCGAGCACCCAGUGGCCACUCUCAGCACCAUGGAAAGGCGAGCCAUCAACCUGACGUGGACCAAGCCCUUUGAUGGCAACAGCCCCCUGAUCCGCUACAUUCUGGAGAUGUCGGAGAACAAUGCCCCCUGGACUGUACUCCUGGCCAGUGUGGACCCCAAAGCUACCUCAGUGACAGUCAAGGGCCUGGUUCCUGCACGCUCCUACCAGUUCCGUCUUUGUGCCGUCAACGACGUGGGGAAAGGACAGUUCAGCAAAGACACUGAGAGGGUCUCCCUCCCCGAGGAGCCCCCCACGGCCCCUCCACAGAACGUCAUCGCCAGCGGUCGAACCAACCAGUCCAUCAUGAUCCAGUGGCAGCCGCCUCCUGAGAGCCACCAGAAUGGAAUUCUCAAGGGUUACAUCAUCAGGUACUGCCUGGCCGGGCUGCCCGUGGGGUACCAGUUUAAGAACAUCACGGAUGCUGAUGUGAACAACCUGCUGCUGGAGGAUCUCAUCAUUUGGACCAACUACGAGAUCGAGGUGGCUGCUUACAACAGCGCUGGGCUGGGGGUCUACAGCAGUAAAGUCACCGAGUGGACGCUGCAGGGAGUUCCCACGGUCCCUCCCGGCAAUGUGCACGCGGAAGCCACCAAUUCCACGACCAUCCGCUUCACCUGGAAUGCCCCCAGCCCCCAGUUCAUCAACGGCAUCAACCAGGGCUACAAGCUGAUCGCCUGGGAGCCGGAACAGGAAGAGGAAGUUACCAUGGUGACCGCCCGGCCUAACUUUCAAGACAGCAUCCACGUGGGCUUCGUAUCUGGCCUGAAGAAGUUCACCGAGUACUUCACCUCAGUGCUGUGUUUCACCACCCCCGGGGACGGGCCACGCAGCACCCCACAGCUGGUGCGCACCCAUGAGGAUGUGCCUGGGCCCGUGGGACACCUGAGCUUCAGUGAGAUCCUGGACACAUCGCUGAAGGUCAGCUGGCAAGAGCCGGGAGAGAAAAAUGGCAUCCUCACAGGGUACCGGAUCUCCUGGGAGGAGUACAAUCGAACCAACACCCGUGUGACCCACUACCUGCCCAACGUGACCCUGGAGUACCGUGUCACGGGCCUCACCGCGCUCACCACCUACACCAUCGAGGUGGCCGCCAUGACCUCAAAGGGCCAGGGCCAAGUGUCCGCCUCCACCAUCUCCUCUGGGGUGCCCCCAGAACUCCCAGGGCCCCCCACCAACCUGGGCAUUUCCAACAUCGGCCCCCGCUCUGUGACGUUGCAGUUCAGGCCAGGCUACGAUGGGAAAACCUCCAUCUCCCGCUGGCUGGUGGAAGCCCAGGUAGGCGUGGUUGGGGAGGGAGAGGAGUGGUUGCUGAUCCACCAGCUCUCCAAUGAGCCCGAUGCCCGCUCCAUGGAGGUGCCCGACCUCAACCCCUUCACCUGCUACAGCUUCCGCAUGCGCCAGGUGAACAUCGUGGGCACCAGCCCCCCCAGUCAGCCUUCUAGAAAGAUCCAGACCCUGCAGGCACCCCCUGACAUGGCCCCAGCCAAUGUGUCUCUGCGCACAGCCAGUGAGACCAGCCUGUGGCUGCGCUGGAUGCCUCUCCCGGAGAUGGAAUACAAUGGGAACCCUGAGUCCGUGGGCUAUAAGAUCAAGUACAGCCGGUCAGAUGGGCAUGGCAAGAUGCUGAGCCACGUGGUGCAGGACCGUGUGGAGCGGGAGUACACCAUCGAGGACCUGGAGGAGUGGACAGAGUACCGCGUCCAGGUCCAGGCCUUCAACGCCAUCGGGAGCGGGCCCUGGAGCCAGACGGUGGUGGGCAGGACCCGGGAGUCAGUCCCCUCUUCCGGCCCCACCAAUGUGUCCGCACUGGCCACCACCUCCAGCAGCAUGCUGGUGCGCUGGAGCGAGGUCCCCGAGGCCGAUCGCAACGGGCUCGUGCUGGGCUAUAAGGUGAUGUAUAAGGAGAAGGACUCGGACACCCAGCCCCGAUUCUGGCUGGUGGAAGGCAACUCGUCUCGCAGUGCCCAGCUCACCGGCUUGGGCAAAUACGUGCUCUAUGAGGUCCAGGUGCUGGCCUUCACACGCAUCGGGGACGGCAGCCCCAGCCACCCUCCCAUCUUGGAGCGGACGCUGGAUGAUGUCCCAGGACCACCCAUGGGCAUCCUGUUCCCAGAGGUGCGGACCACGUCGGUGCGGCUGAUCUGGCAGCCCCCUGCUGCCCCCAAUGGCAUCAUUCUUGCUUACCAGAUCACACACCGGCUCAACACCACCACGGCCAACACCGCCACUGUGGAGGUGCUGGCACCCAGUGCCCGGCAGUACACAGCCACGGGCCUCAAGCCAGAGUCUGUCUACCUGUUCCGCAUCACGGCCCAGACCCGCAAGGGCUGGGGAGAGGCUGCCGAGGCCUUGGUGGUGACCACCGAGAAGAGAGACCGUCCGCAGCCCCCCAGCAGGCCGAUGGUGCAGCAGGAGGAUGUGAGAGCACGCAGCGUGCUGCUGUCCUGGGAGCCAGGGAGCGACGGGCUCUCCCCUGUGCGCUACUACACCAUCCAGACCCGCGAGCUGCCCGGCGGCAGGUGGGCACUGCACUCGGCCUCCGUGAGCCACAACGCCUCCAGCUUCGUUGUGGACAGGCUGAAGCCCUUCACGUCCUACAAGUUCCGAGUGAAGGCAACCAAUGACAUUGGCGACAGCGAGUUCAGCGAGGAGUCGGAGUCACUGACCACCUUGCAGGCUGCCCCCGACGAAGCACCCACCAUCCUCUCCGUGACGCCCCACACCACCACCUCCGUGCUAAUCCGAUGGCAGCCGCCAGCAGAGGACAAGAUCAAUGGCAUCCUCCUGGGCUUCCGGAUCCGAUACCGGGAGCUGCUCUAUGAAGGACUGAGGGGCUUCACGCUUCGAGGCAUCAACAACCCAGGGGCCACAUGGGCUGAGCUUACCUCCAUGUACUCCAUGCGGAACCUGAGCCGGCCCAGCCUCACGCAGUACGAGCUGGACAACUUGAACAAGCACAGGCGGUAUGAGAUACGGAUGAGCGUGUACAACGCUGUGGGCGAGGGGCCCUCCAGCCCCCCGCAGGAGGUCUUUGUUGGGGAGGCAGUGCCCACAGCAGCACCUCGUAACGUGGUCGUCCACGGCGCCACGGCCACACAGCUAGACGUGACUUGGGAACCACCUCCGCUGGACAGCCAGAAUGGAGACAUCCAGGGGUACAAGAUUUAUUUCUGGGAAGCCCAGCGGGGGAACCUCACGGAGCGAGUGAAGACGCUUUUCCUAGCUGAGAACAGCGUGAAGCUCAAGAACUUGACUGGCUACACGGCCUACGUGGUCAGCGUGGCCGCCUUCAACGCCGCUGGGGAUGGGCCUCGGAGCACCCCCACCCAAGGCCAGACCCAGCAAGCAGCCCCCAGCGCUCCCAGCUCGGUCAAGUUCAGUGAGCUGACCACAACCUCAGUGAACGUGUCCUGGGAAGCCCCGCAGUUCCCCAAUGGCAUCCUGGAGGGCUACAGGCUGGUGUACGAGCCCUGCAGCCCCGUGGAUGGAGUCAGCAAGAUCGUGACAGUGGACGUGAAGGGGAACAGCCCCCUGUGGCUGAAGGUGAAGGACCUGGCGGAGGGGGUGACCUACAGGUUCCGCAUCAGAGCCAAGACCUUCACCUACGGGCCGGAGAUCGAAGCCAACGUCACCACGGGCCCCGGAGAAGGUGCCCCAGGACCGCCUGGCGUGCCCAUCAUCGUGCGGUACAGCUCUGCCAUCGCCAUUCACUGGUCCAGCGGAGACCCGGGCAAAGGGCCCAUCACCCGCUAUGUCAUCGAGGCCAGACCUUCAGACGAGGGACUAUGGGACAUCCUCAUCAAAGACAUCCCCAAGGAGGUGAGCUCCUACACGUUCAGCAUGGACAUCCUGAAGCCGGGUGUGAGCUAUGACUUCCGGGUCAUCGCGGUCAACGACUACGGCUUCGGCACCCCCAGCAGCCCCUCCCAGUCUGUGCCAGCCCAGAAAGCCAACCCCUUCUAUGAGGAGUGGUGGUUCUUGGUGGUCAUUGCCCUGGUCGGCCUCAUCUUCAUCCUGCUUCUGGUCUUCGUGCUUAUCAUCCGGGGCCAGAGCAAGAAGUACGCCAAGAAGACAGACUCAGGGAACAGUGCCAAGUCUGGAGCCCUAGGCCACAGCGAGAUGAUGAGCUUGGAUGAAAGCAGCUUCCCUGCCCUGGAACUCAACAACAGGCGGCUCUCCGUCAAGAACUCUUUCUGCCGAAAGAACGGCCUGUACACCAGGUCUCCCCCCAGGCCCAGCCCGGGCAGCCUGCACUACUCGGAUGAGGAUGUCACCAAAUACAACGACCUCAUCCCAGCAGAGAGCAGCAGCCUGACAGAGAAGCCCUCAGAAAUCUCCGACUCUCAGGGAAGUGACAGCGAGUACGAGGUCGACUCAAACCACCAGAAGGCCCACUCCUUUGUCAACCACUACAUCAGUGACCCCACAUACUACAACUCAUGGCGGCGACAGCAGAAGGGCAUCUCGAGGGCACAGGCCUACAGCUACACGGAGAGCGACUCGGGUGAGCCAGACCACACCGCCGUCACCAACAGCACCAGCACCCAGCAGGGCAGCCUCUUUCGGCCCAAGGCCAGUCGGACUCCAACGCCCCAGAACCCCCCUAACCCCCCAAGUCAGCAGAGCACCCUCUACCGUCCCCCCAGCAGCCUGGCCCCAGGCUCCCGGGCUCCCAUAGCAGGAUUUUCAUCAUUUGUUUGACAUCAGAAGAGGAAAAAGCAAGAAAGAGAAAUGGCACCAAACUCCUCCUUCACCCCUCCUCUCACUGCCUGCCAGAAAACAAAAACACCAAGAAACCAAGUCAACUUUUCACCUCCUGAGUUUAUUUUUCCAGAGAUUCCAGGGCCAGCAAAGCCGGCGUUCAGAAGGAGGGAGAAAACCGUGAGAGGAUGUGUGUGGCCAGCAGCUCUUCAGCUUUGAGAUGGUGGGGUUCACUGCUCCCUUGGGAAUUACACGGAGCUGGGGAAGUGGCUGUGUCACUGCUAUGGACACGGAGUGGGGCGGGCAUCUGGAGACAGAGGGGGAGCGGAGGCUAAGGACUGGAGGCCGCCAGGCAGGCGUGGCCGAGGGAAGAAAAAGCUCCUGGAUGUCCAGCCAGCUGCCCCCUUCCAGCCCCUCCAGGACCCCUGGACCCACUGCCGCUGCUCUCUGCAAAAAGGAUGGGCAUCCCGGAGGCCACGCCUGUCUUCUCUCUCUGCUCCUCCUUCCCUCCAUGCACCAUCACUGUGGCUGGCAGGCAUCGGACAGCCUCAUCCAGACCCCCUGCCCUGUCUUGGCAACCUCUACUGCCCAUCUCCCCUGCUCAACUUCUCCACCAAGCAUUUGGUUUAUUUAGAAAAAGGAAGAAAAACAAAAAACAAAAAACUAAACGGUGAGAAUUUGCUUAGCGCCUUCCUUGUUCCUGCAUAUUUUUUAAAAUUUUGAAUCCAAGGAAGAGAGCCCAAGGGUAGGGGAGAAACCCCCCACAACUGACCCCUGCCUCCCUGUGCUGGAAUUGACUUUCCUGAGCAUGGACAAGAAAAGGUGAAGUCUGGGGAGUAGAGGUGUAAAUAAGGCAACUGGCCUUGGCACUGUGGGAUGAUUAGGUUUAAUGCAUUGUGGGCAAGAUAAGAAUGACGCUUUGACUGUUCUCUUUCUUCCAAUCCAGGUUGCAUCCGUCCUCUCUUUAAAGGGGUAGUCAGCUUCCCAAGGCUGGGGAGUGGGGCACAGCUGAGGGAUCUCCCUCUGGGCAGACACGUCACUCUCCACUGGAUAGAUCCUCACCACACACACACACACACACAUCUCCCAUGCACUUGCAAGGAACAGGGUCUAGGGAUCCUCUCCAGAACAAACUCAUCUGGGCCCUCCUAGCCAGACAGCACACUCACUUUCAGAUCUGUGUCCCUCUCGCUGUCACCCGGCAGCCUCCUAAGCACAGAGGCACAGGAGCCCAGAGGGAUGGCCCAAGUCCCUGGUCCAGAGGCUGGAAUACCCAGAGUUUGCUCAGUCUGCCUAGCACCCAGUUUACAGGCAAAAAGGCAAAGACACCCUAACCCCCAGUAACAGCUUCCAGGCCGGGCUCCGCCUGGCCAGGGCGGGGAGGGGAAGGGGCAGGUCAGGAAGCUCAGUCCAAAGUGGACCCAGCAUUUGAAUUGCACGCCCAGCAGGGGCAGGUCAGAUGGGACCAAGUGACAAGAAUAGCUGAUGGGAGGGAAAGCUUUUACACACACACACACACACAUACACAAUCUGCUCCAAGGAGUGUUCUGCAAAAAGCCACAUCCAGUGGCCAGGAUCUUCCCGUCCACUUGGUACUUACGGAUGCCAGGGUUUAGGGAGAGGCCUUUCUAUCUAACUCCAUACGUUGUCCAAGGCCCUCUGUGCCCUCAGCCAGCCCUGUAAGGCCAGCCCAACACCUGCCCCACCGCUGAGAUGGGUGGCAGAUGGCCCACAGGGGCCUGUCUGAUUCAGCGUGAGCCCCUUCAUGGAGCAGGGCUCCCUCUGUGCACUGUGUACAGGCGCUGCUGGCCCUGCCCAAGAGAUGAUGCUCUGUUGGGGUGGGUGAGCAGAGUUCGAGGAAGCCCAAGUAGGAGAUUCGGGAAACAAGCCAAGGUAAGAGAGAGCCUGGACCACUCUCCUACAGCCCCAAGUCAGUCACUGUGCUAAUGGUGACUGGGAAGGGAAGUCAGGGUCUGGGGCCCAAAGAACGGGCACACCCAGCCAUGAGUUUUUCCUGAAGCACUUGACCCCUGGGAAAUGUGAACGGGGAGAUGCUGGAAGAUGGCUCAGCAGACAGGCCAGCCCAGCUCCAGUGUCCAAAAAGCGGUUUCUCCAAUAAGGAGGCCUGGGAAGGGAAGCACAAUCUUCCCCAAAGGAGAACCAAGGGCUGAGGUUCUGCCCCUCCAGGAAGUAAGGUGCUCUCGGGGCCUCCUUGGACUUGUCUGGGGGCUGCAGUGGAGUCAGCUGGACACCUACUCCACCCCUGCCACCUCCGCCCCCACCCUCUGCAGCAUCUGGCAUCUCCAUGGCAGCACAUCUGCAGCUGCCGGCCUGUGAUCGUGCCGCGCAGCUUUCUUUUCUUUCCUCUCAUCUUUUUUUUUUUUUUUUUUUUGAAUAACUUCAUCCUUUUCCCUCUCUGCUGAGCAUUUAACCAUUUAAGGAAGUUCCCAGUUUGCAUUAGGGAAUUAUUUAAGCCCAGCCCAGUGAGGGAUUAUUUUGGGAGGAAGCAGGGGUGAGUAAAAACAUUGUGUCUGUGUAUAUAUUGCACAUGAGGUCAAUUUUCCUUUGCCUUUAAUGAAUCACCUGGUGCACUAAGAUAUUCCACCCCCACACUCCCCACACGCUCAUUCACACCCAUGCUGACACCUACAUGUACAUGCGGGAUGGUGCCCAUGCACACCUGUGCUUACACACAUGCACACACAAAUAUGCACAGAACACACAUCUGUAUGUGUGUUAGCAAAGAGACUCCUGAACUCCCUCUGAUGGCUGAAGCCAUCUCUCCCCUGUGAGGCACAGGUGGUCUGGGUUGCUUGCACUUGGGGCGUGGCUGCGAUCUAUUCUCUGAGAGGGUGAGGACACCAUGCAAAUUUAGACAAGCCCAUGAGAUCAGGCUGGGCCCGUGGUGAAAGUCCCACACUUAGUCAAUACCCACUCAUCUGGAAUAUUGUCUCCACAGCCCCAGCCACAGCUGGAAGCCCAGGCCUGCAGCUGUGGAACUCUAGAUUUUUUCAGGACACGUCUCUUUGCCCUUGUUUACAUAUCUACUGGCACGGCCGAGGCUCCCAACCGUCCUCCCAGACACCUGGCCACAUUAGAAAGGGGUGGUGGGCCCUGCCCUUUCUAGAAAGAGUGGGACCCUUUCUGGCCUGUGAUUUUCCGUGCCAGUGAUGCCAGGGCCCCUGCCUGUGGGACUCCACCCAAAGCUGGUUCACACCAGGACACACCUGGCACCUUUGGCAUUGCCUCCCUGUGCCCUAAGCAAUCUCCUGGUGUUGCACCCAGGAGCCCAUGCUGGGCACACCAGGGCUUUCCCCUUCCUGGCUGCGCCUCCAGAGUUGACGUCAGCUCCACACCCACACUGCCAAGACAAACCAAAAAGAUGCUCUGGGCUCCAGAACCACCAUCCUCCUAGGGCUCCAGAGAGUUUGCAAACCCAGGCUGCCUCCCCUUCUGUCCAUCCCUCACCCCCUGGCCCCCAAAACUCCUACCCCCAAACCUGACACUGCCGUGAUUUAGAGGAAACAAGGACACAGCGGGGGCUGCCCCACCUGGUGCACGCUGCCUCAAGGCCUUCUGUUGCUGCCCACGCCUCCCUGGGCAGUGCUUCUAAAGGUGCCAGAGCCUCACCACAGUGCCACUCUGGCUGGGCAGGGGCUUCCCUCAGCUUCCCAGAGUGCACAUCUGAAGGUGCCUACCCUGGGUGAGGGGCUGGUGGGCAGGAAGGUAAAGGGGAGACCAUCUGAGCAGCCGCCAUCCGCUCCCCAGUGCCUCGUAUGGCCCUAUCCAGGGACACCCAUGGGCAUGCGCACAUGGCAAUCCUGACCACCACCUGAGCACAGGUGCCCCCUCGGGACCACCCCCCUUCUCUUUGUUUCCAUCAGAAUAACCAAAAGCAUUUAAACGUGUUACCUUUCUCCAUCCAUCUAGACUCCAGAAACAAAAAUCAACACAAAUCUUUAUUUUUUGAUUUAAAAGAUAUAACAAAAAAUUAUGGGGAGAGUAUUCAUUAUGGCAGGUGUCUGUCUGUAAGAAAAAAAUAUAUAUCUCUAUGUCAUAUAGCGUGUUAGCAGGUUUAUUUUUUAAAUGAAAGGUAAGAAAGAAAUUGAUUUGAAAUAUAUACCACGAGAAGUCCCGUGUCCUGUCAAACUGUCAGUAUUUUAUAAAUAAACUUUUUUUUUUGGA